UUGCGAGGGCGGCUGCUUUGGGUGUUUUUUUCUCCCCCCCUUCCUGUCUCUCCGGGUGUGGCAGGUCCAGAAGGCUCUCCGGACCCGUCUGGCUGUGGGCAUCUCUGGGCCAGGAGCCCCCAAAGGAGGAGAGGUUGCAGCCCCUCCCCGCCCAGAAGGGAGGACAGCCAGACUCCCACCACUCCCAUCACUUUCCCCGGUGAGUGUCUGGCAAUCCUGGACUCGCCCCCGGACUGUGGGACUUGGAUGGACACCUCGGAGGCCAACAGCACGACGGAGGAGGAAGAGGAGAAAAUGGCGGCCGAGCAGCGGCCCAGAACCCGGUCCAACCCGGAGGGGGCCGAGGACCGCACCCUCAGCAUGCAGGCCAGCGUGGGGAGUCGAAGUGAAGGGGAGGGGGAGGCGGCCAGCACCACCACCAGCCCCCCCAGUGCUGCCAUCCAGACCCCCAACGGCAAGACUUGGCUGGCCCCAACCCCUCCCUCCGAGUUCCAGGUCCGGACGCCGCGGGUGAACUGCCCAGAGAAAGUGAUCAUCUGCCUGGAUCUCUCGGAGGAAAUGUCCCACCCGAGGCUGGAGUCCUUCAACGGGCUGAAGACCAACGCCCUCAACAUCUCCCAGAAGAUGAUCGAGAUGUUUGUCCGCACCAAGCACAAGAUCGACAAGAGCCACGAGUUUGCCCUGGUGGUGGUGAACAAUGACGUCACUUGGCUCUCCGGCUUCACUUCCGAGCCCAGGGAGGUUUGCAGCUGCUUGUACGACCUGAAGACCAUCCUCUGCAAGUCUUUCAAUCUGGAAGGCCUUUUCAAUCUGAUACAGCAGAAGACGGAGCUCCCGGUGAUGGAGAACAUCCAGACCAUCCCUCCGCCCUACGUGGUGAGGACCAUCUUAGUCUACAGCCGUCCUGCUUGCCAGCCGCCCGUGGUGGUGACCGACCAGAUGAAGAAAAUGCUCCAGUGCCCUUAUUUCUUCUUUGACGUGCUCUACAUCCACAAUGGCGUUGAGGACAAGGAGGAGGAAGUCACCUGGAAGGAGACCUUCGCCGCCUUCAGCAACCUGGACGCCAAGGGCACCAACUACAAGUACGAGGUCUCCCUGAGCGGCCCGGCCGUGGAGCUGCACAACUGCAUGGCCAAACUGCUGGCCCACCCCCUCCAGCGGCCCUUCCAGACCCACGCCUCCUACAGCAUGCUGGAGGACGAGGAGGAGGCGGCGCCCGAGAUGGAGGCCGUGGUGUGACCCUCCCGAUCGGACCGGAGGGAGUGGGCUGGAAGGAAGCAGGGAGACCAGCCUAGCCCUUAGCCCGUGAGGGGGCUGCGAGGAAGACCCUCUCUCUCCUUUGUAACCUCCAUGGCUGGGGAAUUUGCACGGGUGGUUGGGACAACACCCCCCCCCCUCCCCAAAAGGAUGAAAGAAGGCCUCCAUUUGGGACGCUGGAGGGAGCGGCUUCCAGGGGAAUGAAAAGCCUGGGGGGUUCGGUGUCAGUUGAUUAAAAAAUGUGACCUACCUUCCUUGCGAGUCAGAUCUCUUUCCGUUGAAGGAAUCCGGUGUUGCUCAGCUGGAUUCCAGUAAAGUUUGGAAAACUC